GUGUCCCAAGUCUCUGUACUCCAAAGAGUCAGUGUAUGAUCUUCUUCCUAAAGAGUUGCAGUUGCCCCCUUGUAUUGAGCAGACAAUUACAGCAAUGAGUCAGAACAGUGGAGGAGGGACAAGUUCCCCCCCAACAACUCUCGCUUCAGGUAAAGUUCUCCAACCUUUUUUGUUUCCAGUUUAUUACCACGAUAUAAAUGUGUGUACGGUGCUAAGAAGCUGAUAAAAGUAAAUAUUUAAAUGAUCUACAUCAUCGCAUUACAUUACUUUUAUUCAUGAAGUGUAUUUUAUACAUUUACACUUACAGUGUUUUGUUUUGUUUCGCUUCCUGGAUGAGAAAUAAAAUACAAAUCCCAAAAAAAAGUUUAUAUCUUAAAUACAGCUUUUUAUGGACAGUUAGUAAAACGUGGGGAACAAAAACGCCAUCAGAGUAGCUGAACUCUACGUUUAACCGAUCACGUGAUCGCAAAGUGACAUGAAGAGAAGGACAGAAAGAAAACCAGAAGAACCAGAUUGAGUUAACGGCAUAAAACUUUCUACUCAAAGCUAACAGUAAUGUUCAGCACUGACUGCUUACUAUAUACGCAGUUUAUACACUAUUUACUAUACUAGUUAGGCUAGUUAGGUUAUGCUAACGUUAGCUUGCUGGUGAUCUUUAUCGGCUACAUUUUAUAUAGAACGCUGUAACUUUUUACCUCAUUUAAAUCUAAAAAACUUGUUCCUGAGGUGAAUCAGGUGAGUUAGAGGAGGUGCGUCAUGUGAAUACGACGCCCCUGGGGCUAAAUCACAGACUGUACCAGGAGAACUGGAGCUAAAUCCUACCCGCUGUCUUUUUAUUUGAAAGUGAAAAUGACGUGACAUACGGCUAAGUACGGUGACCCAUACUCAGAAUUCGUUCUCUGCAUUUAACCCAUCUAAAGUGCACACACACACACACAGCACUGAACACACACAAACACCGUGAACACACACCGUAAACACAUACCCGGAGCAGUGGGCAGCCAUUUACGCUGCGGCGCCCGGGUAGCGGUUGGGGGGGUUCGGUGCCUUGCUCAAGGGCACCUCAGUCGUGGCUGGCCCGAGACUCGAACCCACAACCUUAGGGUUAGGAGUCAGACUCUCUAACCAUUAGGCCACGACUUCCCCUGUUUUCGCAUGUCCCAGGUUAUGUAAUGAUGAGAAGGUGCCAGACUUUCGUGAGAGUUUGAGGGACGCUCUGUGUGUAAGCAAAUUGAAAAAAAGCUGCUAACUUCAACUGUCUGUCAGCUGCUAGCGAUAGCCAGCAAGCUAAUAUCAACAUAACUAGCUAGAGAGUUCACUGCUAUAGUGAGCCAAGGUGCAUACUAAGCAUUAAUUUCUUUGUAGAAAACUAGCUUUCCGAGUAGAAAAAAAGACUUAAUUAUAAGUUAUCGUGUAUUACUUAAACCUGGUUCUGAUUUACUUUUGUUUAGUCCUUCGUUUCAGUUCUGGUUCAUGGUGUAAGGAUCUUUUCUUACUCUGGGUUCCUUAUGCUACCAUUUUUUGGGAUUUGUAUUUAGGGUUCUUAAAGUGUAAAUUCACCCUAGUUACUAAAAACAAAACAAAGAAAAAUGGUUUAAAAAUGAUUCCUUAAAUACACUAGAGAAUAAAUACUGACUUUAUAACUGCAGUAUAGAAUAAAAGCUGUGUUUAGACGCUCUUAUCAGUUUCCAAGCUCCAUAUGAGCAGCACUAGAAAAGGAUCGGUCCCAUUGUCCGUCUUUAAUCUGCCCGCAAGACGUCUAUCUCUAGGUUAGAAGGCUAGAUCCACGAUCCUGGGUUUUGUAUUUAAAUGUUAGAGGUUUGCUAAAGACUGGAGGUUUUUGUGCUUUCUUCAAACCCUUCACUCGAUUUAUUCUGUAUUUAAAACAAACAAAAAAACAAGCAAAAGCCAAAAAAAAAGAAAAGAAAAUGCGCAGCCUCACCAGUCUUUUGUGGAUAAGACCGAAGGAACCUGUCGCACGUGGUCAUGGAAGGGUAUGUUAACUGUUUUAUUGUUAUUAAUAUUACAACUUUUCAGACUGGCUUCUCUAAAGUCAGCUAAUAAGUAAGCUUUUAGUGUUCGGUGUAAUUGUAUGGUGCAUUUUGUUUAGGUCUGACUCCUGGAACCGGGAUAUAAUCACGGUUGCUUAAGUGACGUAUAUAUUUAUAUAUAACUCAAAAUAAUGAAUUUACUCGAUUAAACCGUACCUUUGUAAAUACACAUUUGCAUAUUUUUAAAAUGAGUUUCAUUUAAGUCUAUUUUUUUUAAUAAGAGUUAAAAGCUAUAACUCUAUUCCUCUCUUUAAAUUCUCGGUAAGGAGUUUAAAGGAGGUUUCCAUCACUGUAAGCAUCAAGGUCCAUAGACAGCAAGCUGGAUCCCAGAAAAUAAAUAACCCCUAACCACAGGAAGUCAUAUAAACUUAAACUGAGGACCAGGUCAGUAACUGCUCUCAAGAGUCAGCAACCAAACACACUGUCAUGCUUUAUUCAUUUAUUUCUUUUAUUUAUUUAUUUAUUUUUUUGUUUGUUUGUUUGUUUGUUUGUUUUGCCAUGUUAUUAAGAAUGUUUGCAGAUUGCUUUGGGUUGGCCACUUUUUUUUUUAGAUUGCUGCAGUCACCAAACUUAACUGAUGACUGGGGAGAAAAAUAAAAGUCCUCCUGGAACUUUUUUUUAGUAGGAAAAAACGCCUCAUUAAACUUAUCCCAGGACAAUCAAUACACGGAUGAACGUUCAAAAUGAGAUUCACCUUAGUAUUUUUUUUACUCUACUCCUUUAUCAAAGUACCCAGGUUUAAGGUGAGUUUGAGUAAACCAGAAGUCUGUUGCCUUUGGACAUCAGUACCCAACUGCAGCCAUGAGGCAGGACAUGCUGGCUGUAGCUGAAGGAAGGAAUUUCCCUCUGAAGCAGGGAGUGUCUGCAUAUAAAAUGGUCUGCAGUUCUCUGCUUCAUAGAUGCCUCCUCCAUCACCUCUGCUAAGACCAAGGGAAGUGCCAGCAGUGCUUUUUCCACCUCUUCCAGCUUCGCUGCGCACUCCUUAUGCGCAGAGCAGGAUGCCGGCCCUUCAGGAGAGGUGACUAGCCGCCGGAAGGCAGAUACGCUCUCUACGGAAGCCAAACUAACCAGGGGUUGUGGAGAGAAGGCUGGAGGAAGCUCUCAGCAUCAGCACCACCAUCAGAUGACCCCUCCCAAACGUCCGGUGCUGAACAUCUCGCCUCCGCCGGAGGACCUGUUCGACAACAGCCACACGUCAGGAUGCCAGGACGAUGCGCUGCUGGAUUCGGAGCAGAGCAACAGCAUCUGGAUGGAAAACUCGCUCUCCAACUUCAGCAUGAUGAGCUCCAGUUCUUACAACGACAACACGGAGGUUCCACGCAAGGCCCGAAAACGCACGCCACGUCAGAAGCCGGUGCCUGUCGAAGAGGCCAGCAUGGAUGUGUUUGAUGCAGACAGUGCCAAAGGUCCACACUUUGUGCUUUCCAAAUUUAGCUCGGAAAACAAGGCCGGUAGCAAAGCGAGUCCUGAGGGAAACCAAGCGUCUGGUCAGAAAGGUGGGAUAUUGUGUGGCCAGUACCCGCAGAAAAGCGAGGGAAAGGAGCUGAAGAUCCUCGUCCAGCCCGAGACUCAGCACAGAGCCCGAUACUUGACCGAGGGCAGCCGGGGGUCUGUGAAAGACCGCACCCAGCAAGGCUUCCCCACUGUCAAGCUGGAGGGUGUGAAGGAUCCUGUCAUCCUGCAGGUGUUUGUAAGUAAUGACGCAGGUCGUGUGAAGCCUCAUGGAUUCUAUCAGGCCUGUCGAGUGACUGGUCGAAACACCACCGCCUGUAGAGAAGUGGACAUCGAGGGCACCACGGUCAUCGAAGUGCCCAUGGAUCCCAGCAAUAACAUGACUCUUUCCGUGGACUGUGUGGGCAUCCUGAAACUGAGGAACGCAGAUGUAGAGGCUCGUAUCGGGGUGGCAGGAUCCAAGAAGAAAAGCACACGUGCCAGACUGGUGUUCCGGGCGAACAUCCCUCGAGCCGACGGCUCUGUGCUCACUCUUCAGGCUCCUUCCUCUCCUAUAUUGUGCACUCAACCUGCAGGAAUACCUGAGAUCAUGAGAAAGAGUUUACACAGCUGCUCAGUACGAGGAGGCGAGGAGGUGUUUAUCAUCGGAAAGAACUUUCUCAAGGGAACCAAAGUGAUAUUUCAGGAGAACGUCUCGGAUGAAACAUCCUGGAAGGCAGAAGCUGAGAUCGACAUGGAACUUUUCCAUCAGAAUCAUCUUAUUGUCAAAGUUCCUCCAUAUCAAAAUCUAGCCAUUACCUCUCCCGUGUCUGUCGGGAUCUAUGUGGUGACUAAUGCUGGGCGUUGCCAUGAUGUGCAACCAUUUACAUACACUCCAGAGCCAGUAAUGGACGUAUCUGUGAAGAAAGAGACCGGGCCUCCAGGAAAACCCUGUUCUUUAGAACAGAUAAAAGUGAUGGAAAGUGCCUUGCUCGUCCCUCUCGUCAAAACAGAAGAGGCGACUCCAAUGGAGGUCUCCAGUAACUCUGCAUCCUUUAAGACCUCUGAUCUUAUGAACUCUGCUCAACAGACCCUAGAAAUGAGCAACAUUUCCACCAACAGCCCCACCUUCACAAACUCUGUAGCCUGCCAACCAAAAGAGCAAGAGCAGCCUCAGGGUUCUGUUUUCUCCAACAAGGAACCAUUAAACAAUAUUCAGAAACAAGACACCACCCAAAACAACUCUUUCCAUGUGUCUGGGAAAGCUCUGCUCCAGCAAGGGGCCCAGCAGUUCCUCUUAGACAGUGACCAUCUAGCCCAGGAAAGGUCAGGGACCACAGCUAGUACUUUGGUAGGGAUUGCCCAGAUGGACGACAGUCCGCAGCACCAACUGUCUCUCCUGCCUCCGGAUGAGGUGGCACAGCUCGAGCAGGCGGUUCGCCAGCUGCAGGCGAAGGGGUUCUGCAACAUCCAGCUUCAUUCAGAAGAUUCACUAGUCAAGAAGCAACAGCACCAGCUUCAGCAGAAGCAAAUCCAGCAACAACAGUUACACCAGCAGCAGAUGCAACAACAGCAACAAGUCCUGGAGAACCUGCAACAUCAUCUUUUCCAUUCCCAGGUUCCAAUGCAGUGCAGUCGAGAGCAGCAGGGCUCUUCUCCGGGCAUGGUGGAGAACAGUAAUACACUCUUCCAGCAAUCAACUUCACAACAGCAACAACAGCAGCAAGCUGUUAUGUAUCACCAAGCAAAAGAUCUCCUCUCCAUGCAAUCUGGAUUUCUUCAGCAAGCCCCUUCUCAUUCUUCUUCACCCCUGUUUCACACCUCAAACCCCUUGGCUGAGGCCCAGUCCCCUCAAGAGGCUCUGUUCUGCACACAGAAAACUUCACCCACUCAAGAACAAGUCCAAGCCUCCCUUUUCCAGAACACCAUGAACGUUCUUGACAGAUCCAGCCUGACUGCAGAGCCUCAGCACUCUGCAAAUAGUAUAUUUCUCUCCCAGAAUGCCUUAUCUGGUCAACUCGCAGGAAAUAACAACCAGUCGCAGCAGCUAGCUUUUCUUAGCUCUAUGCAGCCAUCUGGCCUUGAGCCACAACCUGUGUUCCAAGCUACAAGCCAGCUGUCCUCCAUUCAAGAGAGCACACCCAUGGAACAGCAGUCCUCACAACAGGCCUCACAGACUCCGCCAGGUACUCUCUUUCAGACCAUCCAACCGUCGCCAAGUAACAAGCACCAGGCCGGGUUGCUCUAUAACUCCCUGAGCUCAGGAAUGUCACCAGAACAGCCGCCGACUAGCCUCAUGUUCACCGGUCAGCCUCAGAUGCCUUCAAUGAAUACCACAAGCCUAAUUUCUUCCGAGCAGCAGAACCCAUCACUGUCCUACCCCCAGAACGGCAUGAUCGCCGUUAGGCAGGAAGUGCCAUCCGAGCCCAUGUCCUUCCAAGAUCAGAGCACUGCUGUGGACAAUCAAUCUGUGAGUAAGCAACAGCUGUUCCAGGAUCAACAGCCGAUGCAGCUUGCACCGAGUUCAGCCACUGGCUCUCAGCCUUCUGUGAAUCUCUUUAUAGCCCAGUCUGACAUGCCAAGAAUGCCUCAUGCGUCACAGCGUGCCUCACAGGAGGUGCUUUUUGCUGCACCGAGCAGUGUGUCCGGACUUCAGACCACCACGUCGUCACCGGUACAGCAACCUGGAUCUCUGUUCCAGACCACAGUGAAUGGAAGCCUCAGCCAGCCCAACCAGAACCAGCAGCCUAACCUCUUCCUUUAUGAAAUACAGAAUGACUGCGGUCAGAUGAUGAACUCCCAAGGAAGCUCGCUGUCGAACCAGAUCAUCGGCAUCAGCCAGAACCAGAGAGAAAAUGAAGGAACGAUUCAUUCCUUGCUCAACUCCUCCAUGAACGAAUCUGGGAACGUGCAGAAUUCCCUCACCACCUCACAAAACAUGGAGAAGAUCGACGACCUCCUCGUGAGCCUUCAGGAGCAAAGCAACAGCUUAUCGCGUUCAUACUAGGACUUCACACAGCUUACAUGUUUUUUAAGGAAACGGCAGAGGGAUCCGCUAACCGUCGUCUGUCGCGUAAACGUCUGUCGCGUACACUUCUGUUAUUGACGAGCGGAGACGUGAAGGUCACAGCACACGCGGUGUCGGUCUUUAUGUGUAAACGAAGCAUAUCUUAUAAUAGAAGCACUUUUUGUGUGUGUUUUUAAACGUAGUUGCCUCAGCAGCUAAGUACACUAUAAACUAUUUCUAUGUGCAUCUGUGACUAAUGCAAAUAUUUAUAUUUAAAUUUAAUAUCAAAUAAUAUAAAAUUUAAUCAAAUAAUGAAAGAAAUGCUCAGAUAAAAAAAAAUGUCCUACGUUUCGCCCCAGUAACACUUUAGCGUCGUGUUUUUGUUUUUUUUUUUAUUUCAACUAAAUUAAUGUCUGAUGUUUUUUUUUCUCUCAUUUUCUGGUUAUGUUUAAAUGUUAGUUCUCUUCAUACACAGAAACACAUCUAGAAAAAACGAUGCCUCAGUUUGUUCAUCGCUAUGAAAUAUAAUAUUACUUUAACGAAGUGGACGUAUCUCACUAAAUCAUGCUCCGUGCCGGAUUUGAUCGUUUAUUAGCGUCUGGAACGCAGAUAAUAAGCAGUAAAUCUUUAUCACGCUGCUUAUUACCAACAAGGGUUUAUAGUGUACUAUUCAUUUUUUAAUGAAGUUUAAGAGGGACACGCUGUUUGUUAGGAAUUUUCUUUGUUCUACUCGUAAACACAACUGUUACAGAACAGAAUACUAGCGUUUGGUGUGGCGGAGGAUCGGUCAAGGACUCGACUGAAUCGGCGCCUUUUUUGCUACGAGACUUCUGGCCAGUUUUAUGGCUCAGAGGGUUGAUGAUGGAAAAAAGGCUGCUACAGUAACUCAUGAAUGAAAGCAGAACAUCAUACAAGUUUACUGCCAAGCUUUUUGUAAAGCUGCCAAUUUUUUUCUUUCUUUCUUUUUUUUUUUUUUUUAAAAUAUAUAUGCAUACAUUACAAGGGCCCCGCUCUGUGUAAUAUUAAAAGCAAUGGCUCAUUUGAGCUUAUACUGAUCUAAAAUUACCAUCAGAUUGCUUUUUUUAAGGACUUUUUUAUUGCUAGUUUUGAAUAGUGACUAUUCAGACCUCUGUUUAGGUGGAGGAGCGAUCUUUUAGAUCUUUAAAGGAGCCCUGUGUUAGGGGAAGAGCUGUGAACUUACUGUAAUGUGGAGAAAGAGCUGUCUGUGAUUGGCCUUCAUCUCUGUACAGGACAGAUUUUACAACAAACUGUUCGUUUCUGUCACUAAACAUCUUGUGAAUAUUUAACCGUAUUUUCACGUUUGCCAGAAAACUUGUAAAUGAUAUAAUUUAUAUCUCCAAAAACAUUUUAAAAUGGGAGAAAAAUGGCUUCUGUUAAAUGUCUUUAAAAUAAAAAUAAAAAAUCUAUACGUGACCAUCGAUUAUCGGUAACAUGUUAAUUAAUUGUUUAAACUUUGAUUCCAUCGAAUGAUGUACAGAUUUUUCACACUAGAACAGAUUUAACUGCUGGAUUGAAAAAGUAAUAAAUAUCUUGAGACUUUUUCUUUUUUGUAAACCAAGUAAACGUAACAAAUUUUAACAUUUAUGACCUCAUCUGACUUUGGACCAAUCACAUAUUUUCCAAUGUGAUUUUUAUUUUAUGUUAUAUUUAAUGAUACGGUAUAAAGAAAUAUGUACUAAAUACUUUCUUUAUUCAGAACAUCUUCAGUCCGCAGUUCACUUCGAAUGGCUAUGCAGUUAAACUCCGUAAUUACGACGUAGUUUUUCUUUGUUUUGUUUGUUUGUUUAUUUUCUCUCUAAUGUAUUUAGCUUUCUUUUUAACAGUUGGGAACCUAUAGCAUUGUAAAUGUUUUUUAUUAUUAUUAUUAGUUUACUUUUGAGUUCUUUUUCUUUCUCGUAGUUGUGACAUUAUAGUGGAAUUUUCCUACUUAAGAGGAAGGAAAACCUCAGAAGUAACCCUCAGUUCUCUAAAGCCUCGCGGCGUCACUGUGUACGAUAUGAAAUGAUUUAUUACAUGCGGUGAUGACCGAGAGCCUGUCCGGUGUGUGUUAGGGGACGUCUGGUAACAUACAUAUAUUAUUUGCUUUGUUAAAAUAAUAUACAGUCUACAUCAGUAUUUUAUUCAUCUUUUUUUGUCAGUCAUACGUUUGACUUUGUAUUUUUUUUCUCUAUACUUGAUGUUAUCAAUAAAUAAUAUUGAUAAUGAAA